AUGCUAGACAUCACCCUUCGGCCAUUGAAAGACAACGUCUUCGAUCCCUUGACCAAACUUAUACCUGCCUCCGUCAAGCCACUACACAUCACUUUGGCUGCGUUCAUUGCUGGGAUUUCGGGAUGCUACUGCGCUGCUACAGGAAGCGUUGGAAUGAGCCUCACGCUUUGGGCCCUCAAUCGCGUCCUUGAUUGUCUUGAUGGGGCUGUUGCUCGCCGCCGUAAUCAAGUUUCAGAUCUGGGAGGGUUCCUCGAUUUGCUCGGUGAUUUCAUCGUGUACUCCUCCAUUCCUAUUUCUUGCGCUCUGGCGGCGCAGAAGUUAGGCAUCCCUUUCCCAAAUGGUCGCUGGCUGGCAGUCGCGAUGCUGGAGGCUUCGUUCCAUAUCAACAAUUUCGUCUUGUUCUACAUUGCAACUAUCCUCGAGAAGAGCAAGGCUGCGCGAAAGGAAAGCGUCGUCAAGGAGUUGACUAGCGUCUCCAUGCGGCCUGCGCUUAUUGAGGGCACGGAGAGCGCUAUCAUCUUUACCGCGAUGCUCGCUUAUCCGCAGUAUGCGAGGGAGCUGUCAUGGUUCAUGGUCGUAUUGGUAUCUGUGGGCAUAGCGCAAAGGGUUGUCUGGGUUGUGCCCUUUCUGAAGUAA